UGAAGUGUGUAAGCGAGUCAUGUAAAACGAUCUCAAAAGUCUGGUGAUACCGCAAGCAAGAUUGGAUAACAUCAAUUGAUCGAUCGAAACAAUGCACCCGCCCUGCUGCUGUAUUCCACCGAAACAGCUUAAUCAGCUCUCCUUCGUACAGACAGCAAAUCAGUAUUACCACUACGGUCGCUUCGAAUUAGCAGGAGGAGUACUCCCUGGUGCCGUAACCGCAUACCGGACACACGGAGUCCCAAAGAAUGACAAAGUCAUUGUUUUCCCGACAUCUUUUGGGCCUGCACCUUAUGGUGACCCGUACCUCCCAUUCAUGUCCUACAAAGAUAACAUGCUCACAAAGAACACGCUGCAUGUAGCUCAUGUUGUGGAACUGGGUGACGAUAGCAUUGGGACAUAA